AUGCGGCUAGUGGUGAGAGAUAUUGGUCCUGAUCUUAGGCCUCUUGAUUCUGCAAAAGAUAAUGAUGAUAACGAAGCCAGUGAUGGAGCUAAGAGCACUGUUCUGCUCAACAAAAAGAGCCCUCUGUUUUUCAAGAUCUUGGUUACUGCUGUGGGGCAUGCAGCAUUGUUGGCUGCUAUCCAGAAAUAUGUGCCAGCUUUGGUGCAAAGGUUGGAUCUCUUGAGGCAGCUUGAGAAAGUGACGGAAAUGGAAAGCAUUGAGCUGGAUGCGAAAGGAAAUGGAGAGGUACUAUCCUGA